GCUAAGCUAAUCAUCUCCGGGGAGACAAUAUGGAAAACCAAUCGGUCGAACCACAGGGCGCCGGACCCAAUCAAAAUGAACCGCCAAAAGACCCUUAUCACAUUACAUACAUGAUCCACUUUCUACUUGGUGCGGGAUAUCUGGUUCCAUGGAAUUCCUUCAUCACAGCCGUUGAUUACUUUGAAGACCUUUAUCCAUCAAAACACAUUAGCAAGGUGUUUUCGGUUGCAUAUAUGGUGGCUGCUAUGACUGUUCUUCUAAUCUUGACAUGUUGGUCUAGCAAGAUGAAGUUGCCCGGGUUAAAAAAGAGGAUGAAUUUGGGCUAUGGUUUGUUUGUAUUGGCACUAAUGGUUGCACCGGUGACUGAUUGGGUCGAUCAAACGAGCGGGUUCAUUAGACAAGGCUCCAAUGUGGCAUUUGUGGUUCUUGUUUUGAUGGUUGCGGUUACUGGCUUUGCUGAAGGGCUAACUGGUGGAAGCUUGAUUGGUGCUACUGGAAAAUUGCCUGAUCGGUAUAUGCAGGCUGUUGUGGCUGGCAAUGCUUCUGCAGGGGUUUUGGUAUGCAUGUUGAGGAUCAUAACCAAGGCUUCACUUCCUCACUCAAGAAAAGGCCUUCGAACAAGCACACACAUCUACUUCUUCACAAGCACCCUCAUCGAACUCCUUUGCGUCCUGUUCUUCAACCUUAUUCACAAAUUACCAACAAUUCGACAUUACACCACUAAAACUGCUCACACAAACAACAACUUUAGUACCACAUUCAAACCUAAAAAAACUGGUCAUGUCUUGAAGAAUCUGAAAUGGCUAGCAACCUCGAUGGUCGUAAUCUACAUAGUGACCCUAUCGAUAUUCCCUGGUUAUCUAAGCGAGAAUGUCAAAUCAUCACAUUUUGGGGAUUGGUAUCCUGUGUUCUUGAUAACAGCUUUCAAUAUUGGUGACUUUUCGGGCAAGUGUUUGACAGCGGUUUAUGUGGUUAAAAAGAGUAGAUGGGUGGUAUGGGCGUGUAUUGCAAGGUUGUUGUUUUAUCCCCUUUUCAUGGGUUGCGUUUUUGGACCCAAGUGGUUGCGAAGUGAGGUUCCAGUGUCACUUUUGACGCUGUUGUUGGGAGUUAGCAAUGGGUAUUUAACUAGCGUGCUGAUGAUUGUGGCCCCUAAAUCUGUCUCAGUCGAGGAAUCAAACAUUGCUGGAAUUGUAAUGAGUUUGUUUUUGGCAAUUGGGUUGGUGAUUGGUUCUGCUCUGGGUUGGUUGUGGAACAUAAAAACAUAGAAAUAUUAUGUUACAUGUUGAGAAAUGUAUCAAGUUCGUGCCGAACCAGUCAUAUAUA